GCUGUAGUUGAAUCGUUGAUGAAGCGCUCGAUUUGAUUCCCCGGACUUCCCGCUCAGCUUGAAUGUAGCAGUCAUUUAGCUGGGUUGUGUCCCUCUCCUUUAGCGUUGUUCGUAUGAAAUCAAAGCUACUCUCCUACCUUGUGUAAAGCACGUGUAUAUCUCGUAAGCGUAUAUACGUGUUUGGGUAGCCGUCAAGAUUGUAUUUGUAUCAGCUACGUGCCCGACAUGGAGGCACACAAUGUCAGACUCGAGCGCUGCACGGUGGGUGUGUGACAAGAAGUCAAAACGAGCACACCCGCCCCUCUGCGCGUUAUUGUUCACAUCUCGCGAUGAUUGCUGAGCGGUUGCGUUGUUCGGGCGAGCCGACGACGAGACCACAGCUGUCUGGACAUUUGUCUCGUGGUUUAGACUAAAACGUAUUAUUCAUACAGGACAUUUUUUUGUACGCGCGACAAGAUAAUUGCACCAAAAUAUAACACACACCACUGUUAGUGUCCCGAAUUAGACUGGACCAUGGCUGCUGCUGAGGUGAACGGUAGCUCUGCUCCUGUUAAGGAAGAAGAAGAGCCAAUGGAUGUUACUACAACACACACAGAGAACUACCAAACGCUCAUUGAUGCUGGGCUGCCCCAGAAAGUAGCUGAAAGUCUAGAUAACAUCUUCCAGACAGGCUUGGUGGAGUAUGUUGAUCUAGACGAAAGGGCCAUUGAUGCACUGCGUGAAUUCAAUGAGGAGGGAGCGCUUACAGUGCUGCAACAAUUCAAAGAAAGUGACCUGUCCCACGUACAGAAUAAAAGCGCUUUCCUUUGUGGAGUGAUGAAGACUUACAGACAGAGAGAAAAACAAGGGAGUAAAGUACAAGAGUCCACCAAGGGCCCAGAUGAAGCAAAAAUAAAGGCCCUGUUAGAGCGGACCGGCUAUACCCUGGAUGUCACCACAGGGCAGAGAAAAUAUGGAGGUCCCCCGCCUGAUGAUGUGUUCAAAGGAACACAACCAGGGAUUGGAACUGAGGUGUUUGUCGGAAAAAUCCCAAGGGAUUUGUAUGAAGAUGAGCUGGUGCCGCUCUUUGAGUCUGCUGGUCCCAUCUGGGACCUCAGGCUAAUGAUGGACCCUCUGUCUGGUCAGAAUAGAGGCUAUGCAUUCAUUACCUACUGCAAUAAGGAUGAUGCACAGAAGGCUGUAAAGCUUUGUGAUAACCAUGAAAUCCGCCCUGGCAAGUACUUGGGAGUGUGUAUAUCUGUUGCAAACAAUCGCCUGUUUGUUGGAUCAAUUCCAAAGAACAAGACAAGGGAAAGUAUAUUGGAAGACUUUGGCAAAGUCACAGAGGGUCUCCAAGAGGUGAUAUUGUACCACCAGCCAGAUGACAAGAAGAAAAACCGUGGCUUCUGUUUCCUGGAGUACGAGGAUCACAAGUCCGCGGCACAGGCUCGCCGCCGCCUAAUGAGUGGCAAGGUCAAAGUGUGGGGAAACCCCGUCACUGUAGAGUGGGCAGACCCUGUUGCUGAGCCAGACCCCGAGGUCAUGGCCAAGGUAAAGGUGCUCUUUGUAAGGAAACUGGCCACAGCAGUGACUGAAGAGCUUCUUGAAAAAACCUUCUCUCAGUUUGGAAAGCUGGAGCGAGUGAAGAAAUUGAAAGACUACGCUUUUGUCCAUUUUGAAGAAAGGGAUGCUGCUGUAAAGGCAAUGGAUGAGAUGAAUGGGAAGGAGCUAGGAGGAGAGGAAAUUGAGAUAGUCUUGGCAAAGCCCCCAGACAAGAAGAGGAAAGAGCGCCAAGCAGCUCGGCAGACCACCAGGAAUUCAGGGUAUGAUGACUACUACUACUACCCCCCUCCACGCAUGCCGCCACCAGGCCGAGGCAGGGGUCGUGGUGGCCGAGGGGGCUAUGCCUAUCCACCAGAUUACUAUGGAUAUGAUGACUACUAUGAUGACUACUAUGGCUAUGACUAUCAUGACUACCGUGGUGGCUAUGAAGACCCUUACUACGGCUACGAAGAUGUGUACAGCAUGAGGGGCCGUGGUACUCGUCCCAGCAGGGGCGGACCUCCUCCACCUAGAGCUCGUGGAGCACCCCCGGCACGAGGUCGGGGGGGCUACGCCCAAAGGGGCCCCCCCAUUGGUGGACCAAGGGGUGGCCGAGGAGGGCGUGGAGCCCCGUUCCAGCCACAGAGGGGUCGUGGCCCUCGCGGGGCCAGGGGCAACCGUGGUGGUAACGUGGGCGGAAAGAGGAAGGCAGACGUGUUUAACCAGCCUGACUCCAAGCGCCGCCAGACCAACAACCAACAGAACUGGGGGUCCCAGCCCAUCGCCCAGCAGCCCCUGCAGCAAGGGGCCGACUAUUCCGGUGGAGAAGCAUUGAGAGCGGCACCACUAGAAUGAGGAACUCACCUGAACGGUACUUGAGGGCAGUAAAGGAGCUGCCCCCAAUCCAUGUGAAUGAGUUCACACAAAUGGAAGGGACUGAUUGCUCAGAGUCAGGAGACCGUCCUCAACACGCUGUGAGCCCGCCUCGUCACAGGGUUUCUCAUCCCUCAGAAUGAACUAACUGCAGGACUGUACAUUUGAGGUCCAGUCCUCAUGGGACACAAGCUGGCUACCCUGUUCGCAGCUCAACAGAUUGCACAGAAGCGUAGGAGGAUACAGUUGAUGGACAUGUGAUUAUCAAGAGCUCCAUCCAGCAGAAUGCUCCUUCCUUAUCAAGUUUAAAUAUUAUUAAUGUAAAGGGAAAUUAUCUGUUGAUCUUGAUUGUUCAAUACAUGUUAU